AAGUUUUUGACGCCAGACAUGAAUACGUUAAUUUAUACAAUACAUUAAUUUCAACCAGGCACAAAUUGGACGACCUGCCUGUUCCUCCACGUGUUCAAGGACCCCUCAAGAUGUCUAUGCUUGCCGAACCUCGUCGUAAGCAAAAGUGGUCCGUGGACCCCAGAAACAGCGCAUGGAGCAACGAUGAGUCCAAAUUUGGACAGAAAAUGCUGGAACGUAUGGGCUGGUCCAAAGGAAAAGGUCUUGGCAAGAGUGAACAGGGGUCUACAGAACACAUCAAGGUUAAAGUCAAGAACAACAGUCUGGGGCUGGGCACUUCAGUAAACAACGAGGAUAACUGGAUUGCUCACCAGGAUGAUUUUAACCAGCUCCUCGCUGAACUUAAUAACUGCCAUGGACAGAACAACACUGACAACCCCACUCAGGAACAGGGUUUUAGUUUGGAGGAGAAGUCAAAGACGUCCAAGAAAAGGGUCCAUUACAUGAAAUUCACUAAGGGAAAGGACCUGUCCAGUCGCAGCGAAACAGACCUAGCUUGUAUUUUUGGGAAGCGAUCGAAACGAGAGACAAGACAUCAAGAUGAGCUAAGCGGUGGAAGCAGUGGGCCUGACUCUCAGGAAGAGAGAGAAGAGGACAAGGACACAGACACUGAUCCCAACCCAGAGACACAAACAAACACCGUGACCAGCACACUGACCAUGCAAGAGUACUUCGCCCGGCGGAUGGCCCAGAUCAAGAAGACUCAGGCAGGACGAGACCCAGCCGCAUCUUCAUCUGAGGUCAGCAGCAGUGCACCUUCUCCACUGGCUACAUCUGCCUCCAUGGAGGAUUCCCCCAACACCAGCGAUAUGGAGCAGUCCAAGAAGAAGAAAAAGAAGAAAAAAGACAGGGAGAGUGAUCAAGAUGGUGUAGAGGAAGAUGCACUGACCUCAGUAAAAGGCGAGAGUGGUGAAGAGCCAAAUCGCUCCCAGAAAAAGAAGAAAAAGAACAAGAGGAAGCGAGAGGAGCGGGAUGAGGAUGGGACUGAAGUGUGCAGUGCCCCUACAGUAACGGAGGGUUCCACUGAAGAAGACACUCCCACCACGGGAAAGAGGAAGAAGGACAAAAAAACAUCUCUAGAGGUUGAUUCUGAUGAACUCAAAACAACAGAAAUUAAGAUUAUGGACUCUAAAGUUUCAGAUAAAAAGAAAAAAAAGCCAAAGAGAGAAGAGGAAAGAGUGACUGAGGAAGGGGUGUCCAAAAAGAACAAAAAAAAACAGAAACAAAAAUGAUUUUUUUUUUACAAUUGACUGCUCUUGACUCUGGACUCUGAUACCGUUGUGAUUUUAAUAAAUAGUUAAGAUCACCAAAAUAAAAAAUUAAUAGUGAGAUAACCAAAAUGAUUGGCAGCAAAGACUAUGAAUUUACAAUUAUAAUUGGUUUGUAUCUCCAUAUUUAAACUUUUAAAAAAAAUAUUAAAACGUCUAAACUUU